AUGGUAGAUGAUCAAAAGCCAUCUGGGAAUAGAGCUGGGCUUGGCUACAAUUCCAACUCUCAAGCACAAGUCCUACUGACCAAACCAUCAGACCCUUCUACAAGUGGAGGUUUAAAGUCUAUGUUCGUUCAAGGUCAGACCGUGCAACCCAAGCCAAUGAUAGUUGUUGAAAAGAGAAUGACACCACAAACAACAAGCCAAUCAAAAGGAAAGGAAAGGAUGUACAACGUUUUGUGGAACCCUCGAGAAGUGGUAACCCGAGGAGUGAUCAAUACACGAAUCAAUAUAGACCUAGUUAUGGUAACCCGAAUGGUUACUACACGAAUUGUCAACCAAGGAGAAAUAAUCAAUCGAAGGGUAAACCCAGCAAUAACAAGAGGCAAAACCAUUCACAAAGGCUACGCAAUCGUCAGCCUAAUGGUAAGCAGGACCAUAUGGUACGUAGAUAGAGGUUGCUCAAGGCACAUGACCGGAAACAAAUCUGGGUUGAGCAACUACCGAGAUAUGAAUGGUCAUAAAGUAGUUUUUGGAGGCAAGUCUAGUGCCCAAACCAAGGGUGUUGGCACACAUCAACAAGAACGAAUUCAUGAUUAG